AUGCACAGCGCGGCAAUGGGGGGCGGAGCCCUAUUCGGGUGUUCCUCAGCCGGCCACAGCGGCAUCAACCAGCUCGGGGGGGUGUACGUCAACGGGCGCCCGCUGCCGGACUCCACGCGGCAGAAGAUUGUGGAGCUGGCGCACUCGGGCGCGCGGCCCUGCGACAUCAGCCGCAUCCUGCAGGUCUCCAACGGCUGCGUCUCCAAGAUCCUCGGCAGAUAUUACGAGACGGGGUCCAUCAAGCCCCGGGCCAUCGGGGGGUCCAAGCCCAGGGUCGCCACGACCCCAGUGGUCCAGAAGAUAGCGGACUACAAGCGCGAGUGCCCGAGUAUCUUCGCCUGGGAAAUUCGCGACCGUCUGCUCAGCGAGAACGUGUGCAAUAACGAUAAUAUUCCUAGUGUGUCAUCAAUAAACCGAGUGCUAAGAAACCUUGCGUCGCAGAAGGAGCAAGCAGCAUCAGCGCAGAAUGACAGUGUUUACGAGAAGCUCCGGAUGUUCAACGGCCAGGCGGCCACGGGGUGGUGGUACCCUGGGCUACCCACGGCCCCCGCCGCGCCGGCCAUACCAGCUCCUUUACCGCCCCAGCUCAAUAGGACCAAUUCUGAAGAGCAUAAACGAGAUGCCCUUCAAUCCGAAGCCGGGUCGGACGGCAACAGCGAGCAUGCGUCAUCCGGCGACGAGGACUCGCAAAUGAGACUCCGGCUAAAAAGGAAACUCCAGAGAAACAGGACGUCUUUCACCAAUGAUCAGAUUGACAGCCUUGAGAAAGAAUUCGAGAGGACUCAUUACCCCGACGUGUUCGCCCGGGAACGGCUGGCUGAAAAGAUCGGAUUACCUGAGGCACGUAUCCAGGUUUGGUUUUCGAAUCGUCGGGCGAAAUGGCGACGCGAAGAGAAACUCCGCAGCCAGCGUCGGGACGCGCCGGCUGCGUCGCCCCCCGCGCCGCCUGCCCCCCGGCUGCCCCUCAAUGGAGGCUUCAAUUCUAUGUACAGUCCCAUACCGCAGCCUAUUGCUACAAUGGGAGAUUCUUAUAGUUCGAUGUCGGGCGGCCUGACCUCCUCGUGCCUCCAACAACGAGACAGCGGCUACCCGUACAUGUUCGGCGACGUGCUCGGCAGCGGCGGCUACUCGCGAGCGCCGGCCGCGCACCAACAGCACGGGUACUCGCAACCUCAAGCGGCGGCCAGCACUGGUGUAAUAUCGGCGGGCGUGAGCGUACCAGUUCAAAUACCUUCGCAGGGGCCAGACCUCGCGUCGAACUACUGGGGGAGACUUCAGUGA